AUGACUACCUCAGAGAUUUACAUCGCAACAUACUCAUCCGUCGAUGUUUAUGAGUGUAUAUGCAACACUUUCCCACUAAUGCGACGGUGUUCAGAUGAUUGGGUGAACGUUACUCAGAUUCUAAAGAUUGCCCAGUUUCCUAAAGCCCAGAGAACCAAGAUACUGGAAAAGGAAGUACAUGACAAAACCCACCAGAGGAUCCAAGGAGGUUACGGUAGGUUCCAGGGUACAUGGACGCCUUUGGACAUUGCUCGCAAUUUAGCGAUGAACUACGGAUUCGGUGAUGCUGACUUGCCAGUUCUAUAUUGGGAUCCUUCAAAGGAUCCUAUGCCAAAGAGAAACAAACAGAAACCAACUCCAGCCAAGCAUAAUCUACAGUCGGGUAACAAUUCGACUGGAUCACCCAAGAGGAGGCGGGCCACUCCCAAGAAAAUAAAACAGCAGGUGCAAUUGCCAGUUCAACAUACAUUCACCAACACUAAAUUGGAACAACCUGCUCAUAUUCCCCAAUAUCAGUUGCAUGAUGGCUACUCUCAACAUCCGCCUCUAAUUUCAAAGUCGCAGCACUCCCAGCAGUACCCUGUCCCGCAAGUCAGCACAUAUAUCUACUCGCAACCGCCUACAUUUCAGCAGCAGCAGCAACUGCUACAACAACAGCAACAACAUCCGCAGCCACAGUACACUCAAUUUAUCAAUAACCAACAGGCAAUAAUCCCUUCACAGAACAAUUUUACCUACAACCAAAAUCCUGUGCCACGGUUUCAGAACUUUCAAACUGCUAAAACAGUGCAGGCUGUACAUAAUUCUCAAGGCUCCCUAUCAACCACGGAGAACUGGUCCCAAGACGAGUUACAUCAACAUGGUCGCAAAAACAGCGAUACCUCUGUGUCUUCCAACGUAUCCCUGCAAAAUGGAAAAAUACCGCACGAUGACUCACAACUGCCUAUCAUAAGGCCUCCUCAUCUGAGCACCCAGCAGUUUUACACAGAGUUGUUACUAAACUAUUUUACCGAGGACAAUGAACAAGUUCCCUAUUAUUUAAUUGAGGUGCCUGAAGGGUUUAACCUCGAUAUACCGAUCGAUGACGAAGGCCACACAGCACUGCAUUGGGCCGCAUCUAUUGGUUCGGUGCCAGUAGUGGAGGCCCUGCUAAAGAAUAGAGCCGAUCCUCUAAUCACAAACAAUUCAGGGCUAAACGCCCUUUCUAAGCUGGUUGGAUUCAACAACUCAUACGAGUUAAUGAACUUUUCGCAGCUUUUACAUUUGCUGAAAGACUGCCUGAUUAUUCCAGACGCUAAUGGUCGAAUACCAUUACAUUACAUGAUGGAACUCACUAGUAUCCCAGAUAAGAUUCAACCAUUAGAGUAUUAUUUUCAAGGAAUACUUGAAUUUGUACGAGAAACUCAACGUCUGGCCGAAACGGCUUCUCCAGAUAAUAAAGAUAAAGAUUUAUUGAAGAUUUUAUUAAACCACCAGGACAAUAAUGGAGACUCCUCUCUACACAUUGCUGCCAGAACUGGCAAUGCACAGUUCAUAAAGCUCCUCUUAUCCAAUGGAGCAUCUGUUGAACUUGUAAACAGAAGAAAACAAUCAUGUAAAGACAUGCUGUCCAUUGAUCUGCUAGAAAAAUUACAUUGGGAAGAUUUGCAAAAGGCUAAGAGAACUUCGUCUAAAUCUUCAACGCAGAGAAGGGGUCGAGUUAACAGCACUGACAACAAGCCAUCUAUUGGAAUAUUUAAUGAUCAAGUGGCGUAUUAUCCACAGUAUAAUAGCAGUGUUCUCUCAGAUCAAACUCAAAUGUCAAUUGUUCCUGCUACUUCUCAGAUACAUAGUCAGCUUCAUCAACGACAGCAGUUAUUGUCUCCAGAGAUGAUCACCUAUAAUCCCUCGAUUCCUCAGGAUACACCGAAGACAGUUUCACAAUGCGAUAGUUCAAUGAACUUGAGUACUUCGGAACAGGAAGGAAAUGUCUCAUUUAAAGAACUACGGGAGAAACUUCCGGAUGUUAUCAAUAACUUGAAUGAAACUUUUGAAACUGAAAUGGCCGAGAAGGAUGAUGAAGGUGAGCAUUAUUCAAGAAUGAUUAAAGAUUUGACGACAGAGGCUCACUACUUGGAAAAGACUAUAGCUCGUAUUUCACAAGAGAUCUCCUCAAGAAUGAAUAUGGACCAGAAUAAGAUGAGUACCGCUGUUUUUAUCAACGAAGCGAAUAAACAGGUUAGCAAAAUGACAGAGGUUUUGAAUUCUAACGUUGAAGAAUUGACCAGACUUUGGGAAAGGUCACAAUCGUUACAGUUAGCAAAGUUGGUUCAUCGCCAAGAAGAGAAGCAUUUAGAUCAUACAGAACAGCUUAACGAAAAAGAGACUGCCAUCAAGCUGGCAAUUGAUCUGAGCAUUUUACAAUUCAACCGCAUGAAGCUGGUAAAUGAGAUUAUCCAUUCCUUAGCCGAUGUGAACGUCAAUAGUAAGGAUGACCUUGCAGGUAAUCGACUUUACAAGUACAAGAAGCUGAUUUCGAAGGCAUGUGGGCUGCAAAUCGAGGAUGUGGAUGAUGAUCUGUUGAACGGAAUUGAGCAAACUCUUUUAGAAGGUGGAAGUAUAUAG